AUGAGUGAGCAAACUGGGAAACGGGUGAAAAUGUAUACACACUUUGGGUAUAAAAGUGGAAACUUUUGGGAGAAUAAGCAAGGACCUUCACAUUCUUCUAUUACUCAAUUCAUUAUGAAUUCUAAAUUCCUUCUCUGCGUCCUCGCCAUUGCCAUGUGCUCAAUUGUUCGAGAAGCUUCUGCCCAAUAUUAUGGAUAUGCUUCAUCUUAUUAUCCAUCAUACUAUGGAGGAUAUGGAUACGGAGCAUAUGGAGCUUAUGGAGGAUAUGGAUUUGGAUCUGCAUAUGCUGGAUAUUACGGAAAGAGAGAAGCUGGAUUUGGACCUACUCAGAACUAAACUGAAUAUGUUUCGAAUGUGUACGAAAGUUCUGAAAUGAAUGAUUUUCUGAAUUU